UGAACCUGCGCCUCUCCGUCCUAGAUCUAGAUCUGUUCAUUCCUAGCUUAAUCCCUCGAGACUCCAACCUGCUCUCCUCUAUCCGGCCGGAGUCAGGACCUGUUAGAAUCUCCUCCCCGUAACCUCCCCCAUCGCGCGCCCAGACGCCACCCCACAGCUGAGAGGUAAGGUUCUGGCAGAUUAAGCAUGAAGUAAGUCAUCUGGCCUUUAAUUUUCCAUUGCAUACCCUCUUCUAUGCGCAGAUUUAUAGAUGUGCUGUUAGUCUGUUAUAGAGCAAUUCAUGUACGAGUAGGCCGCAACACUAUUUUCGUCAAAUGACAGGUUCAGAUGUUAGUCUGUGAUCUCGAGCAUGAACCCUUUAUCUUCAUCCCUUGCAGGUUCAGUUUAACGUUGUAAUAUACGACACUGAUCGUGCCUAAGUUGUCGCCUAAAGGUUGCCAAAAAUAAAAACAUCGGCGCCUGAGAAGAAAUCGAAGUAAACAUAAUGGACUCGGUCUCGGAGGUGCAGCUGAUAGAGUCGUCAUUUGUAGUGCCGAAGGACCCGACACCAUGGGAGGGGCUCUGGCUCUCUCCCCUAGACCUCGUUCAGGCGAAGAAAGGCCACACCCCAGUAGUCUACUUGUAUAGCUCCAACAAUAUUGCCACAGCCGAUGAUUUCUUCGACGUCGUGGCCAGGCUCAAGGAGGCUAUGGCCAAGGCCUUGGUGGCCUUCUACCCCCUCGCUGGUCGCCUCGGCGUCGACAACCAUGGUAGGGUAGAGAUCACCUGCAACGGCGAGGGUGCACUCUUUGUUGUCGCUCAUGCUGCUGACCUAACUAUUGGCGACAUCAAGGACGACUUCAGGCCGUCGCCAAAGCUGAAGAGACUGUUUGUUCCACGCAUCGAGCCAACAUCCGUCGUAUUGGCGAUACAGGUUACAUUCCUGAAGUGUGGAGGGAUGGUGUUAGGGACAGCUCUCCACCACGUCGCCACCGACGCCUUAAGCCCGUUCCACUUCCUCCAGACGUGGACGGCUUUCUCCAGGCAUGGCGACUGUGCUACCACCGUCGAGCUUCCAUGCCAGGACCGCACCCCUCCUCCGUGCACGGUCACCGCCUAUCGUCCACCCAAACGUCUUCUCGAGGACCAGGUCGUCUCCCUAAAGCGCCUCUGCGGCGGCACAAGCACCUUCUGUGCCAUAAGUGCCCUCGUGUGGCAGUGCACCUGCGUUGCACGUCGGCUUCCACUAAACUCCCAAGCAUGCCUCACCUUCCCGGCCAACGUCCGUCGCAGAGUGAGGCCACCCCUCCCGAACCGCUACUUCGGCAAUGCGUUGGUUAGGGUAGGUGUUAAUGGCGCAGUGCAGGAUAUUGCAUCGGAGGCUUUGGCAUCUGUCGCCGGCCGCAUCAAAGGCGCCAUCGAUGGAAUGGACGACAAGCUAGUGCAGUCCGCGAUCGACUACUAUGAGAUGAUGGCCAUGGCCGAGACGGACAGCAGCCAACCUGUGAAGGGCAGCAACUUGCUAGAGACGAACCUGCAUAUUACCAGCUGGCUCGGCAUGCCUUUGUACGAUGCAGAUUUCGGGUGGGGGAAGCCGUGGGUGAUGUUGGCGGAGUACAACCGUGGUGGAUUUGUGCACCUAAUGAGCGACGGGCCAGCAGACGACGCCAGCGUCCGCGUGAUCAUGUGCAUGGAAGCUGCAAAUAUGAAUGAGCUGGAGCGGCUGAUUUACGAAAAACUCUCUAGCCCCUAGACCUGCGUCCAGGUGCUUAGUGUGGAACCAAACAGUUUGAUUGAAGAUAUAUAUAACCAAAUAAAGGGAGACGGUAGGACUGGCUGUACGCCUGUACCUGGAGUCCUGGACGGCCCGCUGGUUUGCUCGCAGAGUGCUCCCCUCUUUGUAAUCUUUUUAUUUAUCUCGACAACUUUGUAUUUAUGAAAUUCCACCACCCAAUUGAUCUACAUGAUCCAGCAAUACAGCUGGUGAAGUAUGAAGAGUGGAUUUGGACCAAUAA